AUGGACAGAAGGCAGAGGUAUAAUGCCAAAGCACGUCAAUCUACUGUUGGCUCACAUAAGAAGGGGAAGCGCAAGGCGAAGGAUGAGGCACCGAUCCUUUGUGGAAAGCUAGAGAAUCCCAAUGCCGAGAUUAUUAUACCAAAGCCAAUGGAGCAAAAGGAGCUGGAGAGGAAGGAGAGAAUGAAGCAGGAGCUGCUUGCGCAGUCUAACUCCAAAGCGAAUAGCAAGAAGAGAAAAAGGUUAGAGAAGUACAUUGAGAAGAAGCUGAAGCAGGAAGAGCGUGUACUCCUCUUCGAGAAACUAUCGAAGAGUCAGGCUGAAGUGUCUACUGCCCUCCAGCUCCAGUCUUCUUCGACCCUUGGCACCGGCAAAGUCAUCACGCACAAGGAUCUCAUGGACAAGCAAGAGGACAAGGAAGUUCGACGGGCGAUGGACGGCCUCGGCAUGAGUGGCAAGCGCAGGCAUGAACAGCGAUUGCUACCUCCUGCUGAGGACAGCGAAGAUGGCGGAGACGAGGAUGAUGACAUGAAUGUCGACGAAGAGCAGACGGCGGAACAGGUCAUGCCUGAGGGCACAUCACGCUCCAAUCCGGUGGUUGUCGUGGAUUCGGGUUUCACCACUGCGAUUCUACCACCUGAGUCCUCCCAUUCCGCUGGCCCGACAGUGACUGUCAUUGGUUCUGCCCUCAAGCAUAAUGCCGAUGGCUCCGUUGUCGCACCAAGGGUUGUCAAGCGAAAUGCGAAAAGGACUAAGCGAACUCUGACAUGGAAAAGCAGAGGCCCCGUCGUCCAGACAAACGUACAAGACGUCGAUCACGUCUCCGACACAUCCUUUGACAGUUCAGACUCUGCAUGUGAUUCUCGUAGUGAGCAGGAAGAUGAAGAAGGUCAAGCGGAUGAUGGGAAGCAAAAAGCGAGCGUGGAGAACACGUCCAGUCACGAAGACGAGAUCAGUGAGGGAGGACACGCAGAUCUCAACAGCGGUAACUCAAAUAGGGAGACUGUAGAGACCUCGGCCGUUGGGGAGCAGGCUGGUGUUAAGCGGAAGAGCUUCGGCUUCAAGGAGUGGGCCUCGAAGCAGCUCAGUAAUGCCAAGAGUUAUGUGGUCCCAAUCGAAUCUGAAUCUUUCCCAACUUCCGCGAUCCCUACAGAGCCAGGUCAACAUAUGCCGCCGCCGAAGAAGAAGCAGAAGAUGGAGGCAUCUUCCGGGGAGAUGCGUGGUCCACUUGGCGAGGAGUUGAAGCUUCCAGCAACCUUGUUUGCAGAAUACGUGCGGGAGAGUGGUCCCGAAUCUCGGGAUGCUGUUGACGCCGUAAAGAGGAAGACCAUUAUUGUUACACGUCAGCCGGAGGUAGAGGAUGCUAGAUUGCUGCUGCCUAUUGUUGCAGAAGAGCAGCCGAUCAUGGAGGCGAUCCUUUUUAACCGCAUCGUAAUAAUAUGCGGUGAAACUGGCAGUGGAAAGACUACACAAGUGCCCCAAUUCCUUUACGAGGCUGGAUUCGGAUCGCCAGAUAGCGACAAUCCGGGCAUGAUAGGCGUUACUCAGCCGCGUCGAGUUGCAGCAAUUUCAAUGGCGAAUCGUGUCGCUCAGGAGCUUUCUCUUACUUCGUCGCAUGUCUCAUACCAAAUUCGGUAUGAUGCGACCGUCUCUCCAUCAACUUCUAUCAAGUUCAUGACAGACGGUGUUCUUCUGCGCGAGUUGGCAGCUGAUUUCCUCUUGACGAAGUAUUCUGUGAUAAUCAUCGACGAGGCACACGAGAGGAGCAUGAACACCGAUAUUCUCAUCGGCGUGCUAAGCCGUAUCGUGAAACUGCGUGAAGAUAUGUGGCGCAAUGGCAAGGACAACACCAAGCCUUUGCGGUUGAUCAUCAUGUCCGCAACUCUACGCGUGUCCGACUUCGCGGAGAACAAGACUUUGUUCUCCACUCCACCUCCUGUCAUCAAUGUCCCUGCCCGCCAGCAUCCUGUAACUGUCCACUUCAGCCGUCGCACCUCGCCCGACUACGUCACCGACGCCAUCCGCAAAGCGAGCAAAAUACAUGCACGGUUGCCCCCGGGCGGAAUCCUCAUAUUUCUCACCGGACAGAACGAGAUCACCGGCGUCUGCCGCAAGCUAGAAGCAAGAUAUGGGAAGAAGGCUUUGGACGAGAGGCAAGGGCUGAGGCGGUCGGUGCGAGAGCGCUCCGAGAGGCUUCAUCGCACAGGCGAGGAAGCUGAGCCUCAGAGCAACGUGAUUCCUUCCCAAGCGGACAUCGAGGCUGAAGACAUUGAUCUAAGCAACUCUCAAACGGAUCGCGAGAACCUCGCUUUGGACGUAGACGAUGACAAUAGCGGCGAGCCUGACGAUCCAGAUGCUUUUGAUAGUGACGGUGAUGGCGAUGAAGCAUUAGGCAUAGAUGUUGAAGAGUCCGACGUACCGAUGCACAUUGUUCCUCUAUAUGCGUUAUUACCAAGCGAGAAACAGUUGGAGGUCUUCCGUCCACCUCCACCUGGUUCUCGCCUCGUAGUCGUUGCGACGAACGUUGCGGAGACCUCUUUGACGAUACCUAACAUCAGAUAUGUUAUCGACUGUGGGCGGGUCAAAGAGCGUCGCUAUGAGAUGGCCAAUGGGGUACAAGCUUUCCAAGUCAGCUGGGUAUCCAAAGCAUCCGCUGCACAGCGUGCCGGACGUGCAGGUCGUACGGGACCUGGCCAUUGCUACCGAUUAUAUUCGUCCGCGUUGUAUGAACGCUACUUCGAGCCGUUCUCGCAACCGGAAAUCUUGCGGGUCCCCAUCGACGGUGUCGUGCUGCAGAUGAAGAGCAUGAAUAUUGAUGCAGUCGUCAAUUUUCCGUUCCCCACACCACCCGAUCGGACUAGUUUGCGCAAGGCAGAAAAGAUGCUAACUCAUUUAGGUGCACUCAAGCCGCAGUCGAGUGGUUCAUCCGUCCUCAGCAGUGCCAUCACCGAGAUAGGCAAAUCGAUGUCUCUCUUCCCGCUGUCUCCGCGGUAUUCCAGAAUGCUCGUCAGCGGUCGUCAGCAUGGUUGCCUGCCUUAUAUCGUCACCAUAGUAUCUGCGCUAUCCGUUGGUGAUCCGUUCGUAAGAGAGGAGGCACUCGUAAAUGACGCCCAAGAUGAUGAGGAUGGAGAUGAAGAGUUAUCACAUUUGUCUAGCGAGGCAACGAGGGCGAAAGAAGCCCGGAGACUUCGUCGGCGAGCGUUUUUCCAAUCGCAGCAGAUCCAUGCAUCGCUCGGAAAUGCUACUAGUGAUGUUUUGAGGAUGCUGUCAAUAGUAGGCGCUUAUGAGUACGCAGGAGGUGGGCAUCAGUUCUGCACGGAGCACUUCGUGCGUCCAAAGGCUAUGGAAGAAAUACACAAACUAAGGGCUCAAAUCAGUAGCAUUGUGCAGACAAAUUUUCCUGAGUUGGAAACAGGGUUUGUAGCGAACCUCCCUCCACCGAAUAACCUGCAGGCAUGUCAAUCAUCCGCGCAACUCAUUGCUGCAGGGUUCAUUGAUCAAGUAGCUGCCCGGAAGGAUCUCGUCCAACGAGAUACUUCCUCGGGUAACAAAUACACUACUUCGAAAGGUGUUCCAUAUCAAGCAAUAGGGGUUGAGGAAGACGUCUUCAUCCACCCGUCUUCAGUACUAGCCAAUCGCCCGCCUCCUGAUUUUGUAGUCUACUUAGAAGUUGUCCGGACGUCUCGCAUUUGGAUUAAAGGUCUCACCGUUGUGAAUGCUGCAUGGCUACCCAGUCUUGGCAAGUCUCUUUGCACGUAUUCGAAAGCAGGCAAGACAAAGGACGGCCGAUCUAUGAUGAUCCCACAUUUUGGACCAGGAGGAUGGGAGUUACCCCCUGUUGAAGCUGAUAGAUGA